CUUUCAAGUGUUCCAUCUUUUGCCUACCUGUUCCACAUAUUCCCACUUACCAAAAAUUCCAAAUUUUCAAAUUUGAAAUUCAACCAAAUUCUCCAAAAUUCCGUUUUUCUACUCUAAUUUCUACAUUUUUCAACCGAUUCAACCCAUUCCAAAUGUAUUUACUUAAUUCACCUUAUGCUUCCCACAUUCACUCCCAUUCACCCCCACUUCCACUAUGCUUACACAAUUCAACCCUUGACCCCCAAUUCCAGUGUGGCGGCCAUCUUGGAUGACCCUGGAGUGCCACCAAUGAACCCAGAAUGAACCGGAAGUGCCCUAAAUCAAACCGAAAGUGACCCCAAAUAGACCGGAAGUGACCCCAAAUCAAACCGGAAGUGACCCCAAUGUACCAGAAAUGACCUUUUUAGACCGGAAAUGACCCCAAAUAAACCGGAAGUGACCUCAGACGAACCGAAAGUGACCCAAAUUAAACCGAAAGUGACCUAAAUAAACCGGAAGUGACCCAAAUCAAACCGAAAGUGACCCCUAAUAGACCGGAAGUGACCUCAGGUGAACCGAAAGUGACCCCAAAUGAACCGAAAGUGACCUUUUUUGACCGGAAGUGACCCCGAAUAAACCGGAAGUGACCUCAGCUAAACCGGAAGUGACCUGUAGUAAACCGGAAGUGUCCCAAAUAAACCGGAAGUGACCCAAAUUAGACCGGAAAUGACCCGAAUCAAGCCGGAAGUGAACCUAUUUCAACACUAAGUGCCCCAAAUAGCUACAUUUGCGCUAAGGUUUUCGGUUUUUGUCCGAUUUAACCCGUUUCAACAUUUUUACCCCAAAAGUGAACCUCCUGAGGCCGUUUUUUUUGUUUUGUUCCAAAUUUAGAAAGAUUUUGGCGCAAUUGCUUUUUUUUAUUUUCCCAUUCAUUCUCUCUAUGGGGAUUCAACAUUUGCUCUAACUUCUACAUUUCUUAACUGAUUCAACCCGUUCCAACUUUCCAACACGUGUGCAUGCACAAACACACACCCAGACACAUUAGAGCAGCAGGAACGGAGAGAAAGUAUUUGCACUGUAUGUGCUUGUGUGAAUGUGCGUGUGAGGACAUUGUUGUAUUUUCUGCGGUUAAUUAUUAUUAUGUGGGGACAAGCAGUACAGAAAAUGGAUGGAUGGAUGGAUAAUUAUGAUAUAAGUAUUAUCAUUAUAAAGUUACAUUGAUACUGCCUUGACAGUGUCCAUGAAAACAUUAUCAAACAUUAAUAAUAAUAAUUCAUUAAAUUUGUAGAGCGCUUUUCAAAAACCCAAAGACGCUUGAUAACAUUUAAUUAGUAAUAAGUAUAAAUGGAAAAUACUGUCGUCUUCAAAUUUUAUAUUAGCUCUAACAGGGUAAUCUUCGAACCUAGACAUAAUUUUGAAUUUUGACACUUUUGUUUUGUAAAAUCAUCGCAAUCAUUUUCACAGUAUUCCUUUUUAUGUUUGAGGGAAAUCCUGCUAGGAACCUUUAAUAUGGAGGAACUGUUUCCCUGCACUUCAUUUCCACUCGGUAGACGUUGCUGUUGUACAAGGCUCUCAGUUGGUAUCGGCACGCCAUUGUGACUGAAGUACUGCACCCUACUUUUCCCUCACACAGUUUUUAAAACAACGACAAAGGGAAACGACGAUGGCUUCGGACUCUUGGGCCCAGGCUGUUGACGAACAGGAAGCGGGAGCAGAAUCAGUAAAUAUUGGAAACCUUCAACUAAAGGAUGCACCUGGAGAAAACGGCAGUACUUUUGGAAAGUCAGAAGCGGGAGAUAAGACUCCAGGAAAGACUACAGAUGAAGAUGACCGUGAAGACAAAGCGGCCCAGUCAUUGUUGAACAAGUUAAUCAGAAGUAAUCUUGUCAACACCACAAAUCAAGUUGAAGUUCUUCAGAAGGAUCCCAACUCUCCACUGUACUCUGUAAAAUCCUUUGAAGAGUUGCGACUUAAACCACAGCUCCUUCAGGGUGUCUAUGGCAUGGGUUUUAACCGGCCCUCCAAAAUCCAGGAGACCGCCUUACCCAUGAUGCUCGCUGAACCUCCACAGAAUCUAAUCGCCCAGUCUCAGUCAGGAACAGGAAAAACCGCUGCCUUUGUGCUUGCCAUGCUCAGCCACGUCAAUCCAGACCACAAAUAUCCCCAGUGCCUGUGUUUGUCACCCACCUAUGAACUGGCGCUUCAGACUGGCAAAGUUAUUGAGCAGAUGGGCAAAAACUACCCUGAAGUCAAACUAGUUUACGCCAUACGAGGAAAUAGGCUGCAGCGAGGCGUGAAGCUUCAGGAACAGAUAAUCAUUGGCACGCCCGGCACCAUGCUGGACUGGUGCAGCAAAUUGAAGUUCAUUGAUCCCGAGAAGAUUCAGGUGUUUGUGCUGGAUGAGGCCGAUGUCAUGAUCGCAACGCAGGGUCACAAAGACCAGAGUAUUCGCAUCCAGAGGAUGCUGCCCAGAAACUGCCAGAUGUUGCUGUUCUCAGCUACGUUUGAGGAGACCGUGUGGGACUUCGCCAGGCGCGUCGUGCCUGACCCAAAUAUCAUCAAAUUGAAAAGAGAGGAGGAGACGCUGGAUACUAUCAAGCAGUACUAUGUGUUGUGCAACAGCAAGGAGGAAAAGUUUGAAGCCCUGUGCAACAUCUAUGGCGCCAUCACCAUAGCCCAGGCUAUGAUUUUCUGCCAUACAAGGAAGACCGCAGGCUGGCUGGCGGGAGAGCUUUCCAAAGAGAACCACCAGGUGGUGCUGCUUAGCGGGGAGAUGCAAGUAGAGCAGAGGGCAGCUGUCAUUGAACGCUUCCGGAAUGGAAAGGAGAAGGUGCUUGUCACCACAAAUGUCUGUGCCAGAGGAAUUGAUGUGGAGCAGGUAUCGGUGGUGAUCAAUUUUGACCUGCCUGUAGACCAGGAGGGUAACCCAGACAACGAGACCUACCUUCAUAGGAUUGGCCGCACGGGUCGGUUCGGCAAAAGGGGGCUGGCCAUCAACAUGGUGGACAGCAGAAUGAGUAUGAACAUUCUCAACAGGAUCCAGGAGCAUUUUAAUAAGAAAAUUGAAAAACUCGACACACACGAUCUGGAUGAAAUUGAGAAAAUCGCCAACUGAAAGACAAGUGUGCUGACAAAGUGGACGCCAGCUAGACUUGCGCUCUGCAAAGACUGUAUGCUUCUUUAUGCUGGCUUUUUAAGUUUGUAUUUUAAGCCGUUAGGGUGGAGGGGGUAAAACCACAUAUACUGCACGUUUACAUACACUUCAGUCUGUGGAACAUACCCUAUUUCACUCUUUUUACUAUAAUAUUUUAUUUUGUAAUGCUGAAAAAGCUUAACUGUCAAGUAACUCCUAAAACCCCAUUUGACUCUGCUUUUCAUACAUAUAUGAACAUUUUUCAUGAAUGUAUCCUCUUUAGGUCAUUACAACAUUGACAGUGUGUGGAAAGGGUGAAGUUGGGUAUACUGCUGCUCUGAGUGCAGGGGUGUCAUUUUGGGUGAUGACUGAUGGAUGGAUUUUAGGGUCUAUGCAAAUUUAGAGUAUACUCACAUGAAAGAAAUGAAAUUAACCUCAAUUUAUCUUCAGGGUGCGUAGCCAAAUGCCAAAAUGGAGAUGACCUACUAAUAACUCCUCAACAUUUUAGAUCAUUCUGGAGUAAAGCCCAGUCACGCGUCCCUCACAAUUUUAUUUAUAGAGUAUUAAGACUACUCAGCUGUAACAUGUAGUUGUUUUUAAACAUUUUUUGCCUACCUAUUCCACAACUUCCCACUUACCACAAACUUCACAUCUUUUAUUUUGAAAUUCAACCAAAAUUCUCUAAAAUUUCGUUUUUCUACUCUAAUUUCCACAUUUUUCAACCGAUUCAACCCAUUCCAACUUUCAAGUGUUCAUCUUUUGCCUACCUGUUCCACAUAUUCCCACUUACCAAAAAUUCCAAAUUUUCAAAUUUGAAAUUCAACCAAAUUCUCCAAAAUUUCGUUUUUCUACUCUAAUUUCUACAUUUUUCAACCGAUUCAACCCAUUCCAAAUGUAUUCACUUAAUUCACCUUAUGCUUCCCACAUUCACUCCCAUUCACCCCCACUUCCACUAUGCUUACACAAUUCAACCCUUGACCCCCAAUUCCAGUGUGGCGGCCAUCUUGGAUGACCCUGGAGUGCCACCAAUGAACCCAGAAUGAACCGGAAGUGCCCUAAAUCAAACCGAAAGUGACCGCAAAUAGACCGGAAGUGACCCCAAAUCAAACCGGAAGUGACCCCAAUGUACCAGAAAUGACCUUUUUAGACCGGAAAUGACCCCAAAUAAACCGGAAGUGACCUCAGACGAACCGAAAGUGACCCAAAUUAAACCGAAAGUGACCUAAAUAAACCGGAAGUGACCCAAAUCAAACCGAAAGUGACCCCUAAUAGAUCAGAAGUGACCUCAGGUGAACCGAAAGUGACCCCAAAUGAACCGAAAGUGAACUUUUUUGACCGGAAGUGACCCCGAAUAAACUUAACUAGAAUUUUCAAUUCCUGAAGGAAUUGCGUGUGAAGGUGAAGAAGUUGAAUAAAUAUUUAAGGAAUGUUGCAGAAUGAUGUUGAAACGAGUUGAAUCGGUUGAAAAAUGUAGAAAUGAGAAGGGAAAAAGGAAAUAUUGUAGAAUCGGGUGUGAAUUUCAAAAUAAAACGUGAAUUAUUUGGUAAGUUGUGGAAUAGGUAGAAAUAUGAUGAACAGUUGAAAGUUGGAAUGGGUUGAAUCGGUUGAAAAAUGUAGAAAUGAGAAGGGAAAAAGGAAUUGGGCGUGAAUUUCAAAAUAAAAGAUGUGAAAAAGGAAAUGUAGGAAAAUUGGGUGUGAAUUUCAUACUAGAAAAAGUGAAAAUGCAGGUAAGUGGGAAGUUGUGGAAUAGGUAGGAAAAUGAUGAACAGUUGAAAGUUGGAAUGGGUUGAAUGAGUUGGAAAAUGUAGAAAUGAGAGUAGAAAAACCAAAAUUUGGAGAAUUUUGUUGAAUUUCAAUUUUAAUUUGAACAAUGCAUUCAAUUAUGCAUCAACAUUCAUUCCUUCAUGCAUUCAUGCAUUCAUUCAUACAUUCCUUCAAGCAUUCAUCCAUGCAUUCAUUCACGCACUCAAUUUUUAUCACGUCACCCUGCACACGCGUGACAGUGAUGGCCAGCCCAUCUUGUGGUAUCUUUGGGGGCUGGCUGAAAGUUUUCUGCCAGAUCUGAAGCUUGAUGCUUGUAACUUCGCCCGAAUUGGACACGACCUCCACCACCUCUUCCCCAUAGAGGAUACCACAGACUGUUAGGGUGAGGCUGGAGUUGCAGGGCUGUUGAAUAAAAAAAGAAUAUCUAAUUAGUUUUUAUGAAUGGAAAACAAAGUUUACCAAAGGCUAAUCAUGCCUCCAAAUAAAGCAAGUGGGAGCCGUAAAGCCAUCCUAGAACACAAAGACGUUAUUAAAGCCACGCGACAGUGAGCGCCCGGCGCGCUGCGGGUGGUUGCGCGAUGGGACCAAAUUAAGCUCCCUGCGCAGUGAGGUACACUUCAAUUUUGGAAAGUACAUUAGGACGGUACAAAUAUUUUCAGAAUUUCAGCGACGGCUCUGUCACAAUAAUGCGACCAGCGCGGAGCAGUUGCGCGGUCGGCAGCGCGCUACGGUUGAACGCUGGGCGGAACGCUGCAAUUGCGCGAUGGGACAAAAAUGAAGAAAUGAAGAAAACAAAAUUGAAGAAAAGGAUUUAUUUAGUCUUGGAACGGAUUAAUUUGUUUUCCAUUGUUUGUAAUGAGAAAAAUAGAUUGGGAACCUUAACCCAGUUAAUCUUGGAAAAGGGAAUAAUAAGCAAAAAGCAAGCACCAUUUAAAUUCCACUGCUAUGAAGCCAUUUACUAACCUUUAUUUCUGUGCAAGUUGUAGAGUGGAGCAUUAGUCCCGAAUCGUUCACCCGGGCACUCAGGUGGGUGAAAAUGAAGGAACCCCCUACUUUUAGUUCAAUGAGAUUAGCCUCACGCCAAAGGCCAAUUUUGACAGCGGCUUCAUCCUGCGUUAGUUUAAAAAAGAGUGUGUGCAAAGUGCUACAACAGGGGAAGUACAAAUGGCUACUUACUUUUUUUAGUGUCAAAGUCCGAAAUGGCGCAAGGCUGUUCCCUCUCUGGCGCACCAUGCGGAUUGGACGCAUCUGAAGUGGAGCAAAUUGAGAUGACAAAAAAAAAAUAAAACUUUUGGUACCUUAGUACUAAACAGAGCAUUUCAAA